UCUAAUCUGUUUGUUUGUUUGUUUUUCUUUCUCAGAAUUUUGAUGACUUUCUCUGCAAAUUUUACCUAAAACCUUCAACCAAAAUCACCAGCUUCCCUCAACAACCGAUGGACCUUUCGAUGUUUCUCUGAGAAUUUACGAAAAAAAUUGAAGACUCAGAUGUCUUCUCUGUCGCAAUCGCCUACGCCGCCGGAGAUGGAGAUGGAGAUUCAACCUCCUGCAUUGCUUAACGAUGAUCCUUCCACUUAUUCCUCCGCUCUCUGGGAUUGGGGAGAUCUCCUUGACUUCGCUGCUGACGAUCGCCUUCUCGUCUCUUUUGAUUCUUCCGAUCAGCAAGCUCCUUUCUCUCCCGUUCUUCUUCCUCCUCCUCCUCCUCCUCCGCUGCCGCAGCUGAUUCCGACUCAACCUCUUGCGGAAUCUGAAUUGGCGUAUCCUUCUCCGGACGAAUCUGGUUCAGGCUCCGAUCGGGUUAGGAAGCGAGACCCGAGGUUGAUUUGUUCCAAUUUCAUUGAAGGUAUGCUUCCCUGUUCGUGUCCGGAGCUUGAUCAGAAAUUGGAGGAGGCUGAGCUACCCAAGAAGAAGCGUGUUCGCGGCGGGUCAGGUGUAGCUCGAUGUCAGGUUCCGGGUUGUGAAGUGGAUAUAAGCGAGCUUAAAGGGUACCAUAGGAGGCAUAGGGUUUGUCUCCGCUGUGCUAAUGCUAGCUUUGUUGUGCUUGACGGAGAUAAUAAGAGAUACUGUCAACAGUGUGGAAAGUUUCACGUGCUCUCAGACUUUGAUGAGGGAAAACGCAGUUGUCGGAGAAAGCUAGAGCGCCACAACAACAGACGGAAAAGGAAACCUGUAGAUAAAGGAGGCGUUGCUGCAAAACAACAGCAAGUGCUAUCACAGAAUGAUAACAGCGUAAUUGAUGUUGAGGAUGGAAAAGCAGACAAUACAUGCUUUAGUGACCAGAGAGCAGAACAAGAUGCUUCUUUGAUUUUUGAAGAUCCACAUAUUCCAGCUCAGGGUUCUGUACUCUUUACCCAUAGCAUCAACGCAGACAACUUUGUCUCUGUUACAGGUUCAGGUGAACCUCAGCCAGAUGAAGGAAUGAAUGAUACAAAAUUUGAACUUUCACCUUCUGGUGGCGACAACAAAAGCGCUUAUUCAACUGUGUGUCCGACUGGUCGGAUCUCGUUCAAGCUAUACGACUGGAAUCCAGCAGAGUUCCCACGGAGACUACGUCAUCAAAUAUUCCAAUGGUUGUCCACCAUGCCUGUAGAGCUGGAGGGCUAUAUCCGUCCAGGAUGUACAAUUUUGACCGUCUUUAUAGCAAUGCCAGAGAUUAUGUGGGCGAAGUUGUCUAAAGAUCCUGUGGCAUAUCUGGAUGAAUUUAUUCUUAAACCUGGAAAGAUGCUAUUUGGAAGAGGCUCGAUGACUGUCUAUUUGAACAACAUGAUUUUCCGUCUUAUUAAAGGUGGAACAACUUUAAAGAGAGUCGAUGUAAAAUUAGAGUCACCAAAACUACAGUUUGUGUAUCCUACGUGUUUUGAAGCUGGAAAACCAAUAGAAUUCGUUGUUUGUGGACGAAACCUUCUGCAACCCAAAUGUCGGUUUCUUGUGUCUUUUUCUGGGAAGUACUUACCCCAUAACUAUUCUGUUGUGCCUACACCGGCCCAGGAUGGGAAGCUUUCUUGUAAUAACAAGUUCUACAAGAUCAAUAUUGUGAAUUCUGACCCUAAUCUCUUCGGACCUGCGUUUGUCGAGGUUGAAAAUGAAUCUGGCUUAUCAAAUUUUAUACCUCUAAUUAUUGGAGAUGAAUCGAUUUGCUCCGAAAUGAAAGAAAUAGAGCAGAAGUUCAAUGCUACACUAGUUCCAGAGGGACAAGGAGUUACUGCUUGCUGUUCUUCAACUUGUUGUUGCAUGGAUUUCGGGGAGAGACAGAGCAGCUUUAGUGGCCUCUUGUUAGAUAUUGCAUGGUCAGUUAAGGUUCCCUCUGCAGAAUGCACUGAGAAAACGAUAAACCGAUGUCAGAUUAAAAGAUACAACAGAGUGUUGAAUUAUCUGAUACAAAAUAACUCGUCGUCAAUCUUGGGAAAUGUACUGCACAAUCUGGAAACUUUGGUGAAAAAAAUGGAGCCAGACAGUCUUGUUCACUGUACAUGUGACUGCGACGUGAGGCUUCUACAUGAAAAUAUGAAUUUGGCGAGUGAUGCUAACAGAAAGCAUCAAAGCCAUGAAGAGUCAAAGGUGAAUCCAGGGAAUGUUCUUCCUUCAUCAGGUUGCUGUUGUGAGAGCAGUUUCCAGAAGCAUAAAUCAUCAAGAAUAAUAAACUUCAAUCAGGAUCAGGAAGCAGGACUAGAUUGUAAGGCAGACUGUUCACCAGAUAUUGGUGGAAAAGAGACUGAUCCUCUUUUAAACAAAGAGGUUGUCAUGAACGUAAAUGACAUAGGAGACUGGCCAAGGAAGUCCUGUAUACCAAUACACUCUACCCUAAAAUUCAGGUCACGUCAAACUGUUUUCUUAAUCGCUACAUUUGCUGUAUGUUUUUCGGUCUGUGCGGUUCUCUAUCAUCCAAACAAGGUCACACAGCUUGCAGUGGCAAUCCGGACAAGAUUGGCGCAGAAACUUUGAAUAAAAAAUUCAAUUGCAGAGUCGUCUCAUUUUAACCAUACUUGUGUGUUCAUCAAAAGCUUGAAGAGGGCUAUAAAAACAAAAAAAAGUUGUAUCAGCUUUCAAUAGAGCUCAGCUACAGCUUUUGAGAGAGAUUCCCUUUGGAAAGAGACGAGAUGGUUCAUGAUCAGAUGAGUACUCUGACUCUUUCUCUGUGUUCUUCUUCCUAAUUUCUUAAAGACCGGUGGUGCUGCUGCAACUGUAAUAACAGGAAAUAGUCUGAUCAGUGAUUGGUUAUAUCCCUCAUCGAGUAGUGUUAUCUGUAUAUUAGGGUUUGCUUUCGCUCACUGUUAACCCUUUUUUGUUUUGUUUUUUUUGGUUCUUCUUGGUCUAAGAAAUGAUUCUUGUACAAACCCUAAUCAUAAUCUUGUGCAAUUUUCUGCUUCAAGCAAUUAAUGGCUCUCGUAGCUUUAACUCUCUAA